AUGCAAAUUAAGGCCACGAAACCGGACAGAAAUCCUCGUGCGGUCAAACUAUCGUACGUAUUCAUAGACCUUCACCGAGAAAGCAUUUACUAACUGAAUAGUUGCAAAUCGUGUCGAGCAAAAAAGAUCAAGUGUGAUUUGCAAGUUCCUUGUGGUCAUUGCAUCAAACAUGACCGCUGCUGUGAACCUACAACUUCAGAUUUGAGAAGAAAAAACUAUUCGCAUACAUAUGUUAAGUCGCUAGAAUAUCGAGUAUCCAAACUAGAACACGUUUUAAAGAAAUUGCAGGAUUGUCCACUAGAGGAUCACUCUCCCAUAUUGAAUUCCCUUAAUCUUAGUGAUUUAGCAAGUAAUGACGAGAUAUACCCGACUUUAUCUGAAUAUAAUGAGACGUCGAGUUCAGUAGACCAGUCAAAUCUGACAGGUUAUGGCCCAUUAUCUGUUUAUUAUGAUAAAAUAAUCGAAACGGUAUCUGCUUCUUAUUCAGAAUAUUCAAAUUCUUUAAAUGACACGAUUAAGCUCAAGAAGAACCUGGGAGUAUGUGAGAAAAUAUCAACUUUUUUUAAAUGGCAGUAUACGGAUCACUUCACUUUUAUUCACAGAGACUCCUUUUUGACUGAAUUUUUCGAUGUUAAGUAUGACAAUAAUACAAAUUCGCAGACAUGUACCUAUUGCUCCAAAGAAUUAGUAUAUAGCAUAGUGGCUCUCAGUUCUAAAAUAUCAAGUGUCCAGCAAGUUGAGUCUGAAUCCUAUGAAUAUUAUAAUAAAGCAAGAAGAAUAGUAUUUGAUAAGCUAAAUGUACCUAAAAUAACAACAAUACAAACGUUAUUAUGCCUCGCAUUCUACGAUUUGGGCGAGGGGGACAAUUCUUCGGCUUGGCUUCUUAGUGGAAUAGCGUUUAGAAUGGGCAUUGAUAUAGGAUUUCAAUUGAAUCCACAAAAUUGGCAUAUUAAUAAUAAGGAUGUUUUGUCCGCUCAAGAUAUUGAAAUUAGGAAACGAAUAUACUGGGGCUGUUAUACUGCGGACCAUUUUAUAAGCUUGUUAUUGGGUAGACCAUGUCAGCUACGACUCUCAAUUUCAACUAUUCCGCAUUCCGAUAACCUACCUUUACCGAAGAAUAUUGAAAGUUUCGAAUUUUAUGAUCCAAGUUUUAGGUAUAAAGUUGCUUUACCGCUAAAAAAGAAUGUAAGUAUGUUAUCACUAUCAGCUCAUUAUUUUUAUAAAAUAUUCAUUGAUAAAAAAAGUGUUAAGAUAAAUGAACUACAUGAAUAUAAUCAUGAAAUAAUGAAAUGGAGGAGAGAAUUGCCAGAAACGUUAUCAUGGAAUCAAAAAAAUUUGAAGUCAGACAAGUACGAUCCGUGUGUUAUGGGGCUACGUUAUACUUAUUACAUCAUGUUGCUAUGCUUCAAUCGGCCAUUUCUUUCCUCUUCCAGAGAUUAUUCAAAUAAUUCACCAAUGCUGAUUUGUCACGAAACAAUCGACGACCUAUACAUUGUGAUACUGAAAUUUUUAAAAGAUUUUAAUUCUACGGAGAAGACUUCAUUAUUGAUUACUUAUGCUUCAAUUAUGUCCAUCAGUGUUAUCUUGAGUUCGCUUGAAAAUUCACCUAAUGAGGAAUUCGACAUAAAAUUGGACUUGUUUCCAAAGAUUUUGAAAUUUGGAAAUUGGAAGUUAUCCAGGAAGAGUUUUGAACUUAUUUCUCUUAAUAUGAACAACCCUGAUAAAGGAAAGGCUGAUAAUAAUAGAAAUGCUCAUUUAGAAUCAAAAGACUUUUCGACUCAUGACAUAAUACAAGUCAAUGGGCUGGAAGAUUUCUUUGGAGACUUUGCUAUACCAAGUUUAGAAAGCUUUAUCAAUUUUAAUGAAGACUUGUUUAAUAUAAACGAUACUUUAGGUUUUGCUGAUUUGUUCGACUAA